GCUAACGACCUGUACUGCGUCGGCGAGAAGAACCUCGCCCCGUGCCAGCCCGAUCUUCUGAAGAUCGCGAAGGGCAAGACGGUGCCAAAGCCCGCCGUCGACUUGCUGCCGCCUGAGGAGGCGGCGUUCUUGAUCGAUCCUGAUAGGUACCUCGUCCGCUCGCAGCCUGAGAUCGAUGCGUGGAAUGAAAAGCACCCGACUUUCAGGCCCUACUGGGACCCCCACUUGCGACAAGAUCGAGCUGCGCGGCUCGACCUCUAUCACAAACUCUAUAGCAAGGGACUCUUGGGGUUCCAGACUCGUGUCAAAGCAAAGGUGGGGAUAUUCUUCGUGUGGAAGUCGUCUCGCCGUGGGAUCAGGCUCAUCGUGGACGCCAGAAUGCCGAACGGCCACCACCGCUUGCCGCCGAAGACUAGACUGGGUGGUGCCAGCGCCCUCUCCCGGCUCGACGGCUGGCUUGACCAGGAUGAGCUUGCUAGCUUGGCGCAGGGAUGCGGCCCGAUCGCCGAGAUCCCGAACCUCUCGGUCUGCGUGGGCGACGUGGAGGACGCCUUCUACCAGUUCUCCGUUGAGUCGAUGGCUGAGUGGUUCGGCCUAGACGACCCCGUCCGGUGCUCCGAGUUCGGCCUCUCGCAGAUCUUCGACAACGAUCUUGGGGGGCUUCGCCCCGCCCGUCCCGCGGAGAAAGUGUUCCCCGUCUUUCUCGGGAUGCCGCAAGGGUGGUCCUGGGCCCUGCACUUCUGUACCACCUCGGUGAAGCACUUCACCUCCGCUGCGAUCGGGGGAAAACACCGCGUCUACGUGGACAACCUUACCACUGUGGGCCUCUCGAGCUCCGAGGUUGCGUCGGACUACGCGGUGAUCAAGAGGGAGCUUGAGAGCGCGGUGAAGCGUGAGUUCCGCCUGAUGGCGGGACUCGUUUUCUUGGCAGAGGCGCGGCUGUCUGUUCCACCAUCGGAUCGAGCUCACUGUGGAGACGCGUCAGGGAAGGGAUACGCCGUCAUGGACACCCCCAUGGGCCCCGCGGAGUUCCGAAAGCUUACGAGGUGGAAGGAGCGUUGGAGGUUCGUGGAGGUGGAGGGGGAUCGCGGGGACAUCUUUAAGGCCUCUGGAAACCUGCCGCCCCCGAACCCUGGCUGGUCCGCUGAUCUCGAGGUGCCUGACACGUCGUAUUCGCGGUGGCUUCUGGAGUCUGCUGGGGUACCCAUCCCGUCCUCAGGUGUCCUGGAGUCGGGGGGCUUUCGUUCGGGAGUCUGUAAACUACGGGGUAAAGAACGUAGACAGCUAGAGCAGAAGGAGAUAGUUGGCAUGGUCCCGAUCCUCCCCGAGAACGUUGUCGAUCCUGGUCGUUGGCGCACUCUAUUCGAAGGGAGGUGGAAGAGGGGCGAGGCCAUCCAUAUGAAGGAUGGGAGGGUGAUUCUGAUGGCGCUCCGCAGAGAGUCCUACACUCGUUCAGGUCAUGGACGUCGGCUCCUCGUGCUGUCUGACAACCUCUCGUCUCUGUGCUGUCUCGAGAAGGGCCGAGCCAAAGACUUCGGCCUGCUUGCCCUAGCCCAGAGGUGUGCCGCCUACUCGAUUGGAUGUGGCAUCGACCUGAG